UUUUUGUACAGGAGCGUGAUAACAACAAGGCGAGCGCUGUUCAGCAGGAAGUCAAGCUAUAUGAGCGAAGCGCGCAUGCGCCGCGGCUCCUCUCCUCAAUCUAGGGCUGCGUUUCUCUUCAUAAAAAACGAUGAACAAACACCUGGAUCGCUGUCAUACGAAAGCGGCCCCCCUCUGUAGUCUACUCUGAGUGUUGAUGGCGACCACCGAGGAAGUCACGGUGUCCAUGGGGGAGGUGGUGAUGGUGAAGGCGGAUGGUGAAGGAGACCCAGAUGACCCGAAUAAAACUCAGGUCAUCCUCCAGCUCCAGCCAAUCACCACCGGAGAUGAAUCAGCAGAAACAGAUGCAGCCGUCAUGACCGUCGAAACACAUCCAGAACAAACUGAGGACAGUGACGUUGAAAUCGGCUGUCCCAUAACGUGCGGCGACAGUAAAGCUGUGUUGCUGUUGAAGAAAUUUGUGUGCCCGGGAAUCAACGUGAAAUGUGUGAAGUAUGAAGACCAGCUGAUCAGCCCGAAGCAGUUUGUGCACAUUUCUGGAAAAGCCACGCUGAAAGACUGGAAGAGAGCCAUCAGGAUGGGUGGAAUCAUGCUCAGAAAAAUGAUGGAUUCAGGUCAGCUGGACUUCUACCAGCACAGCACUCUGUGCACAAACACGUGCCGCAGCACCAAGUUUGACCUUUUAAUCAACAACACGAGGUUCCCUCCUGACGGCACCGGACUCACCACGCCCACAUCCUCUCAAGCUCAGGUGGUCCUGGGUAAUGGUGGAAUAGUGGGCGAGGACCGGGCCGAAAUUCUGAGUGGGAAGGCGGACUGGGGCUCAAUCUCUCUGGAGUCUGGAGACAAGAAGGAAUCUAAUGAGAUCUCAGAGGACACACUGAACUUUUGGAAGGGCAUUGCUGACGUGGGUUUGCUGGGUGAAGUGGUGACUAACAUCAGCACAGAGCUGCUGGAGCUGCUGAAUGGCGUGCAGCAGCGCAGGGAGCCAGCUGGCUUACAGGACACAGAUUCCUGUCUGGUAGAGGUGGCGGUGCUAAGUAACCUUGCCCAAGUGUUCGGCCUGCUCGACUCGGUCAAGAAGAUCCUGGAGAGGAGGAAGCAGGAGACGGAUCCCUGCCAGGAGCAAAUCCUCAGCACGAUCAACAACCUGGAGGUGCAGUUGGAAGAGCAGAGGAAGCAGCAGCAGGUGCGAGCUCUCCUGUCCUGCCCACAGCCUGCCAAAAACAAAACUCCCACCAAGCGCCCGACCAAGCGGCCCCGUCUCCAGAGGCCCGCCUCCACCACCACUCUCCUGACCUCCCCCAUCAACCAGCAGGCCACCCUGCAGCCACAACAGUUCACCGUUCUUUCCCCCAUCUCUCUGUCCUCCGUCGGUCAGCCGUUCACCAUGGCAGGCCUGCCCAUCGCCACCCUGGCCCAGUCGUCCAACACGGUCACCCUGCUCCCCGCCGGUUCACAGCUCUUCACCCGUUAUAUGGUGACCGGAGACGGAAAGGCGGACACUAUCACCUUGCACCCGUCCUCAGGCCUCACACUCCUGGGCACCACCAUGCAAGACUCCAGCCAACUGGGCACAGUGAUGAGCCCCUUAGAGCUGGUGCAUCUGAGCCAGCAGGCCGGCGGGGCAGAGGUGGUGCCCAUAGAAGGCCAGGUGGUGGAUGGCACCAUGCUCGUGCAGCAGGAGGUGAUGCAGACCGAGGUGGAAGGCGCCCAGGAGCACACGGUCAUCGAGAUCAACCCGGCUCCGAUGGAGCAGGCGAUGGGAGUGAUGGAGCUGCAGCUGACCGGGGAGUCGGGCAGGGACGGGACCGCCAUGAUGGUCCAGAGCGGGAUGGAGGUGACGAUGACUGCCGGGGGGGAGGAGACACAGUGCCAAAUGCAGGAGGCGCAGACUGAAGGGGUUCAGGGGUUGCAGCUGGAUGCCAGCGGACAGUUGUCAGGUGUACAGAUAGUGGUGAUAGAAGAAAAUACUCAGGAAGAAAACAAGGUCAAAUGAAACACGCCUCCUAUUUUAUCCAGCAGAGCAGGUAUGGACUCGUACUGAGCUGCCACAGACUCAUGAAACUGUAAAUAUACUGAAUUUCCAAAAUCCACAAAUUGCCUUGGCUGAAGACCAAGCACUAGGGUAGCCAUGUUUUUUGGUUUGUAUGUAUGUGUGUGUGUGUGUGUGUGUGUGUGUGUGUGUGUGUGUGUGUGUGUACAUGCUCCUCAAUGAAUUUUAUUGAAACAAAGAGGCAUCACAGCUUAAAAAACCCAUACUGCUUCUGUUUGUUUUGUAUUUAAUGGAUGAUUCCAGUUGAUUACAACUUCAUAUAUUUGUAAUCUUGGCCAUCGUUUCUAGCUGUAAUAAUAACACUGUACUCACCGGGUGUCAGACGAGGGGCCACAAACACAAGUACAAGACAAUCAGACGAGUUUUUAACAGAAAUCCAGAUUAGUUUUGGAAGACCGAGCCACGAGGAAAGAGUAUGAUUCAGCAAAAUAAAAGCUGAAUGAUGAUAUAACUUUACAGAUAUGUAAAUAUCUCUUAGCCAAAAAAAAAAACAAUUUCUAUAUUUAAACAUUCAACACAUGUGAAGUCCAGCUUACAUUUUGUUCACGUUGUUGAUAUGAAAAAAAACAAAAACAGUUAGGAGCGUCUGGUUUAUCUAACGUGUCACCUCAUUUACAACCUGUCAGAGUUCAUUAAAGAGACGUCGCUGUCCCGGACGUCGGCAAUGACCUCGAUCGGUACAGAAGUGAUGGAAACGAUGGCCAAAAACUACAAGAGCUGUCAUCACCUGGAAUCACCCUUCAAGCCUCCACGAACAAGCCCGAGGACGAGCCAAUGCACUGUAACUCUUAAGGUCUACAUUGCGGAGCUUUAAUGGUGCUGAUGGUUGUGUCAUUUCACGUCCUCGCUCACGCUGACUCAGCAGCCGUCUACUGUCGAUCAGAAUUAUUUACCAGUAACAGUGUUGGUGUCACUCGAGGCUGGGAUUAAUUGCACUGUCUUAUUGUGUCGUUGUGUCGCAUCCAAGCUGUAUUGUUUCUCUCUUUUUUCUUUUUUUUUUUUGCACUGUGUGUGUGUCGUCCUUUCAGGGGACUACAGGAAGACGUUCGCAAACAAACGCCUGCUCUCUGAACAUUUUUUCUUUUGAACGAGGCCGCACCGUCGGGUGUGUGCAGAAUGUUUUUUUUUGUUGUUGUUCCCGUGCAUGGUUAAAUGGAAAAAAACAAGACUGAGCUCCUCGCACUGGAAAUGCAUUGCUUCAUGCACUUAUUCUCUCAGUGGUUUCUCACCGCGUGAUUUCAUUCACAAAACUCCAUUUAUUUUUCUUUUAAUGUGAUCGUUUAUUGCUUUAUCUCAGUAUGAUAGGUAGUGUGAGCUACUGGGCUGAUCGUUUAAGUCAAUAUCUAAAGAAAAAAAAACCCACAUAUAUAUACACACUUAAUGUCAAACUUGGUAUGCCUGUAUUUUACACUUGUAAAGUAGUGUCAUAUUUAUUAGUUUCCAAACUGAAGAGAUGGGCCUUUCUUUUUAUGAUCCAAAUAUGGUUUAAUUUAUGCUCUUGGCUGUAGUUCACAUCAACAAAGACCUGUUCAAGAAUUGUGCAUUUCCAGUAAUUUAAUUUAACAAAUGAGGGUAUUUGCAUACAGACUUUGUAAUGUGUUUUAAUAUCGGAUUAAAACUGAAAAAAAACCAAACAAACCAAACAAACAAAACAAGCGUGACUGUAUUGCUUUGUGAGCGUAGUGUCAGAGUUUGGCCACCAGAGAGCGCUGUGUGUCCGCUCCACUACGGGGCCGAAACCGGAGAUGAGGCUUUACAGAUGUGUUAAUAGAUGGUGGGAAAUGGUUUGCCUCUGUAAUCUCUGACUUCUCUGUGUGUCAGGUUUAUUGCGGUAUAAUCUGCACCGUCAUGGGUGCUGCCGCGAUGGGCAGGAAUCUCUGGAGGCUGAGCCGUGCUGACGGGGCACCGGGGCUCGCUGCUUAUUACAUUUCUCUCUCCUUGUAGCCCCUAAUACUCCAAGACAGGCUGCGUGAGGGUGAGGGUGAGGGGAAUGGCAUGGGGAUUUGGGUUAUACAAGCACAAAAACAGACAUGGGGGAGCUGAAAUGGAGACCUGGUUGUAGGUGUAGGUGUACAAAAGAGAAACAUCCCGACAUCAUGAGCUGAAUGUAAAGCUGCUGGGGGCCAGGUGAGGGUUAAGAGGUUGAGAAACUGAACCUGCCGGGGUCAUUGUGCGGUGUAGGAGGAGAGGAUAUGCUGUCCGAGUAAAUUACAGAGGUGUUACAUAGGGUGCAGAUUGGAUUUCCUCGCAUGUUGUGCACAAGACAAAGAAAAAACGGGAGCAGCCAGAAGCAUCAGUUACAUGUCUCAAACACUCCUGAGAGGUGUAAAGGCUGGCGUUUUAUCAGUAUCACCUCGGAUAUAGCAGGUUUUUCUGAGAAUAGAUGCACAAGUGUGACAUCUUGUGUCUAGUAUAUCUUUAUAGGCAGGAUGGUAUUGAGGUCUAUCUAUAGCAUCGGGGGAGGAAAACAGGCUCAGACGACCUCUUUCAUCAUAUCCCAGCAGAUUAAACACGCUUUGACAUAAAAAUGGAGUGACACGGUGAAACCAUGCGUUCAUUAAGGUUUUUUUUUUUUUAUUAUUAUUUUAAGGAUCCUUUCUACAAAGCUGCACAUUUAUUCUACACACGAAGCCUUUAAGACAGCCUUACUAAUGAACUGCGAUUGUUAAACCCAUCCUCAUGAGGUUCCAUUCAUGAUUAGUACCCACGUUCAUUACCUAGGACCAACAUGUAAGAGGCGUUGAUGUUGUGUUUAUCCAGUCAGCACGGCUUUGAACAGCAUUCUUUUUGUGUUUCCGCUGGGAUGGAUGGACGCCUUUGCAACAGCUUUUAAACUACAACUGGCACUUUACUGUGUCGAUCAAGAAAGAACGUACGUUACUCAGCUGAUUAAAUAAAUUUGUUAAGGCUAAAACGUUAACAAACAGUCGCACCCUAAGGAACAGGGCUGGGCUGUGAAGGAGUAGCGGCACUAAAAAGUAUUUUUCCCACACAGUCUUCGUAAAACGAGUGACUGUAAAAUGGUGAAUACCUCUUUAUGGCCUUAAAAAAUCCCCAGCUACGACUCCUUUUACGACCAAAAUUUGAUGGGGGCAGCCUUUAGCUCUCUCAAUUCUGAUACUUCUAUGUAGUACACUGUGUUCCACCUUGAUUAGUGCACUCAUUUCGGGGUUGUCUUCAUUGACGGCCGUUGCGCACUUACUCGAAAUAACAAACGCUUUUGAAUCGCUUUUAUCGUUUCUUCUUCUUCGUCAAAUUGCAAUCAGACAAAUGAGAAUUAGCACCAACAUUUGACCACCAACAUAAAACCGAAGCACUGCUUCAGCUCCAGCAACUUCCUUGGCUGCCAACAUUUCUAUGUAGUACACUAUGUAUUUACUGGUGUAGUCACUAAUUGAACCCAGUGACGGCCAUUGCACACCAGAAAAGACGAUCGCAACAUUGUAUCAACAUUGUUGGAGUAUUGGCGCCAACGUUUGACCACCAAUAGUUGACUACCAAAAUUUACGUACAACAACUUACCUUACCAAAUAACUGCUUCAGCUUCAGCAACUUCCUUGGCCGCCGGUGGUAUCCACGCCUUCCUCUACAUAGCCAAGAAGUGUCCAGCGUCCCACACUCGACCUUUUGGCCGUUAUGAGUGCACCAUCCGGGUACUCACAGUAAAUAACCGACAGUGUGAAGGCACUUACGCUACUCAAAAAGCAAGAAUAAGUAUGAAAGUACGCGAACUGAGACACAACAUCAUGUCAUACUAGCUGGGCACAGUGGUAUCAUAGUGAUAUCACAUGUUAUAUACUGUGUUCCCUGUCUUAGUUUAGCAUGUGAGUGAAGCAUGUGAAAGAUAUUAAGAUAUCAUCGCAGUUGGCUCUCGAGAUUUUAGAGUGGAACAAGUUGUAUCAUCAAUUCUCCAUGGGUUUGUUAUGAGUGACAUCUUUUACAUUGCGUUGCUCCAUUGUUAAUAUAAAAUGAUGAGUAACACAGCUUAAAGUAUCAAGCAGAAAUGUCAAAUGUUCUCCAUAUGGGCGCUUCAAAUGAGAUUCAAGAGAUUCUCAGCUUUUUUUCUGUUUCAUAUGAUUGAACAUUGAACACAUGAGUUUUUUGACUGCUGGUCAGAGAAAACAGGCGAUCAGAAGGCUUCAUCUUGCGCUCUGGGAACUCGCUAUCUUUUGCAUUUUUCAUGAUUUUCUAGCAUUUCACAGAUGAAACAAUUCAUUGAUUUUGAAAUGUUUGCAAACUUUCUUUUUUCUUUAAAAACUAAUCUUCAAAACUAUAGGAAAAACAAAAAAAACGUGCUUACCCAGACCUGUUUUUGAAGUGCAUGAGCAACUCUUUAAAGCUUAACAGAGCAGGAUUCAAACUUUUCUUAUCAGUCUUAGGAGCCAAUUAUAGAGAAGCAGUACUGGCUGGAGCUUCCCCCAAUAGAUUUUAUAGUCCGUCUUCACCCGUACUUUUAUUCCCUAUAGUUUACAGUUUACUGAUGUAACAUUAUACAAUAUCUGGCUAACAAAAUCUUUUAGAUUUAAAAAAAAAAGAUAUAUAUAUAUAUAGAGAGAGAGGGACAGCGAGAGACAGCAGCUCCUCACCUCCUCACCUCCUCUUGGGAUUGCCAGAUCACAAGGUUUCCAGGUGCAGCUGUAGGGCAGAGUGAGGCAGGUGCCACUGGAAUUUGAAGAAUAAAAAACCUUUGUCGCUGUCAAGUUAAGUCUAAAGCCAAGCCGGUGGCCCCAAGAGGAUGAAAUGUUCCUCAAACAACCCAGUUCAAACAUAUACUGGAGAUUUUGCUCUUCCUCAGAACACUGUGUCUAACUGUACAUGUUAAAGAUUAAUACGAACUUGGCACCUGCCUCAACUAUUCACCAUUCGUGACGCAUCGAAAUAAUUUCCUUGAUUUGGGAACAUGCUGACAUCGCUAUAACGCAAAAAAAAAUCCAACAGAACAAAUGCACAAGUUUUAAACAAACCAGCGGGUUUAUCCAGACUUAAUAAACUACAUAAAUUGGAGAUAAAUCUGAAGUUAAAAACCAUCAAUAAUGAACAGUCAUUGCACAGGAAAACUAGACGACCUCAGCAACUUACUUUGCUGAGCACAAUGUUGUUAUAACCGAUAAAAAAAAAUGGGUGAAAUUACAGAAAUAAGACCCCAGUUAAAGGGACUUCAAGUUUUCAAGUCCAUGGAAAGUCCAAAAUGGCAAGGGCUCAUCCUCUGGGGAUUAUGAAAGUGCUAAGUUGACAUUUCAUCUGUAUCUGUGGACAUUUUUGAAUUGAUGGCUAUGUGAUUUUAUUUUUUGGUGACGUGAAAAAUAUGUAGGACCACUAAAUAUUAAUUAUGUUUAAUGAUCUGAUUAAUACUUUGCACCGGAAGUCGGUCAAUUAAGGAAACUUGCAAUCUUUCUACUUAAGUUACAGUUUUGUUUGAGGACCGCCUGUGCUUGAGUAAAGAUUAGUAUAUUUUAUCGCACUUAUGUUUUAAUUACGGUUGUUAAGCCAUUAAAAAAAAAUCUAAUUAAUUACAUGCUUUAGUACAUUUUCUUCCCCUAUGAUAAAUUCAUCAAAACGAAGUCGGUAUAUAUUUUGGCUUAUUUCAAUAUCCAUAAAGUCCAGCCACAUGUUUUAAGUAAUCAGUGACAAAGUUGUUGAUUAGUGGUGGCACUGAACAAAUAAUCACCGCUUUAAUCAGGAAGAUUCAUCCAGUGGGGAACACAAAUACAGCCACAAAUAACUUGAUGCCAAUCUGUCUUGUAACUGCUGAAAUAUUUAGCUUAGGAUCAAAGAGCUGAAUGGAUGUACACUCGGAUUGACUGAAUAUGGCCUGAGGGAGGUGAUGUUAUUCAGACAGACUGAACCACUGUGUUGUUGACAGAGAAGACUGCAGUAAAAAAAAAAAGAAGCAUGGUCAUCCUACAAAAAAAGUUAGAACGUUUCACCCCAACACAAUGUAACAUGGUGCUCAUUUUCGCGUCUGACUUUGAUUUAGUGUCAGACUUAGUCGUUUGACUUGACUUGAGUCUGGUUUUAAACAUUAAAUCACCUCAUCUUUGUCACUUUUGCCAGUUUCAUGCCUGUAAUGUCUUUAUUUAAGCAUUUCGAGGCUACAGUUAUCGUGCUUACAUGUGUUGUUCGAGGUUAGUGGAAAAGGCUCCUUGCUCUCACAUGGCUGACUGACUUGAUAUUAGUUCUGGGAUUUAGACAUUCCUUUUGAUCGCAACAUGAAAGAUACUGUAGCCAUCUGAAAGCAUCAUCGACGGUACAUGCACAGCGCUUGCUACAUUGCUACAUUAGUUCAUCUUCAGUUUUGUUUCGGCUGUUUUGUUGCUGCAUCAGCAAGUUUUUGCUUGGUCACUCCCUUUUUUUUAAAUCUUCUUAGCUUCCUCUGUCAACGUCACCUUCAGUCUUUCUUCCCCUAUCAUGUCCAUAGAUGCUGCUGAGCCUGAAUACAUUAUCCGAUUUCCUAUGUCUGGUUCAACUGGCUUCACUCCCCGUCUGAACUUGCCGGCCCCUCUGGGCCUUGAAAACUUCCUCUUCUUGGUGGUCUUGAUGGUACAAACACAAACACUCCCCCCUGUGCUUUGAACGCACAGUCCUGGAAGAAUAGCUAACAACCUGAGCUAACAGCGGCUAUAGUUUGCAGCAGUUUAUUUUACUGUCCAUCACAGAACUCUGCCAAUAACAGAGUUCAUGCGCAUAAAAUAUGAUACAGUUUCACCAAAAUCAGCGAGAUAGUUGAUGGUGUGUGUCUUAAAGUGUUACAUACCGUCUCGUGGGUGAUUGUACCUGGGGCGCAAAGUUACAUAGUGCAAGAACAGACGUACGAAUGACAGAGACACUGUUCAGUUGAAUUUAUUGCAGCAAAAGUUACGCAAUGUUACUUUAAAUGUGCUUAUCCAACCAAGGAGUAAGGGACUAGAGCACAUUUCGGUACAUUACUUUGUAACGUGAGGUGUCAAAUCCGUCGUAGUAUUAUGAUCUGCUGUGCGGUGCCUUUUCAUCUCAUAAGCCUUCAUGGAUCUGUUACUCAAACUGUCCCCACCUGGAUUGCAUUUCAAUGACUCACUUCUGCUGAAACAACACGGCCCGACACUACACUGUUUUUGAUCUGAACACCUGUUUAGUACUUUCUGUAUUAAUAUUAAGGUGAUGUGGGUUUUUUAAAAGAUAAAAGUAAUUACAGAAUCCUAAACAUAAGAAAGAAAAAUAACAUUAAGUCAAAUGCCAGACCUAGGCUGUCAGUCUGACACUACUAAAACUACUGACACAAGAAGCUGAGCUGUUGGUGGGCUGUUAAUCCAAACUACUGUAUCAUCCCAAACACUCCACUCAGUCUUGCUUGAAGGGAUUUGCGGCUCUGAGGACUUGUGUGUUUACAGCGUAGACAAAGAGGAUUGUCGACCUUGUCUGAUUCUCCUUUUUUUUUUCUUUCUUUUGGGCGACCGAGGCUGCGAAGAGAACUAAUAAAACUCUGGCACCCCCAUCUCCUCCCUCUGCCAGCCAUGUUGGCGCACGGCGUCGGCAGCAGAAGGUGCAACUUCCCCUUCUCCUGGGCAUUGACAAAGCAGACAGAGGGGAAAGGGAGGGGCCCCCGUGAGCGAUGACGGGAGCCCGGCUGAUGGACAGAGGUGUUAACCCCAUCGUCGGGCGGGGGAAGAGAUAGCGGCGUUCUUGUUUACACACACUGAGGCCGCCUUGUCACCUUGUCUGUCAGGGAAACAUCCUAUCUGCCUCCUCUUAUCUGGCCGCGAGACAGCCAGCCAGUUGGAGAGAUCUGCUGCAGCCUUACAUCACCAUAAAUCAUUUCUCUCAGCCAUACCAUUGUUGGUUUUCAUGUUAUAUUUCCCUUCCACUCCCCCUGAUACUACACAGUCCUCCUCCUCCUCUGCCCUCAAAUAGCUUUGUCUCAUAUGCGCUUUUCCAAAGCUUCCCAGCAUUGGCUGACAAUGACCCUGUGACCCAACACGCUCACGAGGCGCUGAAGUGUAUACAUUUCCAUAAAGACUGCGUUGUGAGAUGAAAACCUUAGCCAGAAGCACUGUCUUUUGUUAAGAAGUGCUCAUCCUGUUCAUUACACAGUGUUGUAAAUGAAAUGUAAAUGUCAUUUGUACUAUUAAAUCAGGCUUGAUUGUUAAUCUU